AUGCAAGUCGUCAAGGACAUUGCGUUGCGCAUGCUCAAUGCGUACGUAUCGCCCUAUGUCGACAACUUGAACCCCAAUGACUUGCAGCUGUCCGUCCUCUCCGGGAAGGCUGACCUGAAACAUCUCAAGCUCAAGAAGUCUGUCUUGGAGCGUUUCGGCUUACCAGUCGAGAUCGUUGCUGGCGAGAUCGGUAACCUCUCGAUCACAAUCCCGUGGUCAGCUAUCAAGAACCAACCAGCGCAGAUUGAGAUCGAUGACAUCUACGUUUUGGCAAGGGCUCGACCGCAAGGCAAAGUCGACCCGGAGGAAGAUGAGCGCGCAGAGCAGGCUGCAAAGCAAAAUAAACUGCAGCAGGCUGAGAUGAUCGAUAGCACAGCAAAUCGCGUAGACGAAAAUGCUGAGAAUCACGACAAUAAGGAGUCCUACUUCGGAGCUAUCUUCACGCGCAUCAUCAAUAAUGUCCAGAUCCACGUGAAGAACGUCCAUCUGCGUUACGAGGACGACACGAACACGCCGGAGCACCCCUUCGCGGCCGGUGUCGCCAUCUCCGAGUUCAAGAUGGUCUCGACCGACGAGAACUGGGUCGAGGCGUUCCUUCAGAACAACGUGCAGGACGUGCAUAAGCAGGCUAUUCUGGAGGAGCUCUCCGUUUACUUCGACACCGACGCUGGUUCGGUCGACAAGGGAGCGGACCAUCAGGAGGACACCAUUCUCGCCUUAAAGGACAUGCUCAAAAACAAGAAGGCUGAGCACCAGUACAUCCUGAAGCCUGUCAGCGGAGAAGCUCGUCUCAUCAUUCACCGCACGAUGACGAAGACGACGCCCAAGUACGAGGGUCAGGUGUUCUUUGACGAGAUUGGAGUCGUGCUCGACCGAUCCCAGUACCGCGACGCCCUCUCUGUCAUCGAUGUCUUCCACUUCUACCACCGCACCCACCAGUAUUACAAGUUCCGCCCACCGGAAGAGGACUUCGAGCAGAAUCCGGCAAAGGCACGAUGGAAGUUCGCGCUCAACGCGAUCCGCAGCGAAGUGCACGAGCGUCAACGCAAGUGGUCGUGGGAUUACCUCAAGGAGCGCCGUGAUAAGCGCAAGCAAUAUGUUGACUUGUACAUCAAGAAGCUCACGUUACCCCAUGGUCAGACUUUGCAGCCGGAAGACCAGAAGGCGCUCGACGACCUCGAGAAGGAGCUGUCGUACGAGGACAUUCGCUUCUUCCGAUCCAUCGCUCGCAUGACGGCGCGCAAGGACGCUGCUACGCGUAAGCGUCUGGAGGCUGAGGAGAAGAAGAACCAGCCCAAGGCUCAGACAUGGGGUCAAUGGUUGUGGGGAUCUUCGGAGCCCAGCCAUGAGGAGGAGUCUGCCGAUCAGCCGAUGACCGAGGAGCAACAGAAGGAGAUCGACGACAUUAUCGACUAUGACGCAUGGUCUGCCCAGGAUCCUGGUGCCAACGCCGCAAAGGACCUGAUGAAGAUGCAGAUCAAAGCUACCCUGCAAAAGGGCUCGUUCACGCUCCGAACCGAUCCUCACGGGACGCCAAAGGAUGUUAUCGCCCUAGUCUUCGAUUCCUUCUCCGCGGAAAUGACCGAGCUUACCGAGUCCAUGCUAGCUAAGGCGGCUCUUGGCGGCUUCCGUGUCUAUGAUGGCACUACGCCUAACUCGAUCUACCCACAGGUCGUUCGUGUCAAGGCGAUUGGUGCCUCGCAAGCGCCGUUCAUCGACCAGCAGGAACCCCUGCAGGAUGACAAGGACGACAAGGACAAGAAGGAAGGCUCCACAGACUUGGCUAAGGCCAAGCCGGAGGCUACCGCCGAUCCCUUCUUCCUCGCCGAAUUUGAGGCAAAGCCGCUGGACGGAAGAGCGGACAAUGCAUUGACGGUCAAGAUGCGCCACUUGGAGAUUAUCUAUCACAAGCAGUAUGUCGAGGCCGUGUACGCCUUCUUCAAGCCGCCAGCUAGCCAGCUGGAGUCGAUCAACGCUCUGCUUGAUGCUGCUGGUGAGACUCUUGAUGGCAUCAGGAGUCAGACUCGCGCCGGUCUCGAAUACGCCCUGGAGCAGCACAAGACGCUCGACCUGCACGUCGACAUGAACGCACCUAUCAUCAUCGUUCCCAUGGAUGUGACGACAAAGAAGUCGCAGGUGCUCGUCCUCGAUGCUGGUCAUAUCGCUGUCGACAGUAAGCCAGCAGACAAGGAUGCGGUUCAGGACGUGCAGAACAAGCGCGGCCAGCAAUACAGCGACGAUGACUACAAGCGGCUCGAGAACCUCAUGUACGAUCGCAUGUCUCUGACCCUCGACUCGACGCAGCUGCUGAUGGGUGACGACAUUGAUGAGUGUAUGAAGGCGAUCGACUCGCCUAGCGAUGGUGACAAGGACCUGCAUAUCGUGGAGCGCAUCAACAUGUCUUUCGCCGUUCAAAACGCCAUUGUCAACACGCCAACGCUCACCAAGUUCAAAGUCGCCGGUGACCUGCCUGAGCUGCAGGUGAACUUCUCUGAUCGAAAGUAUCACACGCUCAUGAAGUUCAUCGAUGUCGCUGUGCCUCACUUUGACUCUGACGAUGAGGAGGAGGACAAGACAUUGAACCCCGAGGACCUUGAGAUCCUGAAGUCGCCAGUUGCCACCACGAUGAAACUCGGUAGAAAGCCAGUGCCGGAGUACAACCUCGACGAUCACCACGACACACGGUCGCUGAAGUCGGUCAGCUCGCAUGACAGGAGCAAGGACGAUGAGGACCAGUUCUACGAGGUUCUUGACGGUAUGACAGAGAGGAAGCAGACCCAGCAGGUCACCUUUGAGUUCUCGUUCGCCGUCGGAAAGCUCAAAACCACCCUUUAUCGCUCCACGUCUGCCACGACCGAGAAGCCGCUCGCAGAUGCCGCUCUGGAGGGCUUCGGUCUCCUCCUGAAGCAGCGAAAGUACGACAUGUCCGUGGACGUUUGGCUGCAGAACGUCAUCCUUGCCAUGUGCGAUGGCGACAAGGAGCAGCCGCCAUUGCUGUCCUCGGGCGCCGUGCAGGAUGGUAAGGAUAGCGAACAUAAGCUGGUCCAGGUCAACUACUUCCAGGUCGACAAGGAGUCGCCUGACUUCAUGAGCAAGUACGAGGGCAUUGACAAAACGGUCGACACACAGCUGUCAACGUUCAACAUCGCGCUUGCACCCGAGCCGAUUCUGUCGCUCUACGACUUUAUCAUGACCACAUUCGCGUCGGAUGACGAGGGAGCCUCCAUCGAGGAGGUAGGAGACGAUGGCGAAUCCAUCAAGUCAGCCGCUCAACCGCAGACGAAUGACAAGAUGCGUAUCAAGGUGAAGCUGACGAGUGCACAAGUCGCGCUGGAGAACAACGGAGAGCGCUUCGCCAUCCUCCGUCUUCCCUCGGCCGAUGUGGGUAUCUUAAUGCGCGGAGGCACCAUGCGCGUCGCUGCUCGUCUCGGUAACAUUUCGUUGGAGGAUACAUCCAACAGGACUGUCGCCGCGCCGUCGUUCAAACAACUCCUCACCAUCGAGGGACAAGAGCUGGCCGACUUCAGCUACGAGACGUUCAAUCCCGAUGACGAGACCUUCCCCGGCUACAACUCCUCCGUCCAUCUGCGUGCCGGUUCGCUCAAGUUCACGUACAUGCAGAAGCCGACGCACGAGUUGUACAUGUUCCUGCUCAAGUUCAGCAAGCUCAAGGCGUACUACGACGCCGCUUCAGAGGCUGCAGUUCAGCGUGCUUCCGAAGUAACGAGGAUGCGAUACGACGUGGUCGUCAAGACACCCAUUAUCGUUCUUCCUCGCGACGGUGCCAACUCGCCUGACUCGCUCAUCCUCAAGCUUGGUGAGAUCACCGCCAAGAACCAGUACCUGCAGGACCCGCACGACACGAGCACGAUCGAGGCGAGUCUCAGCGGCAUCAACGCGACGUCUGAGAUCGAGUACCAGGGCAAGAUGAACACUCUCCAGCUUGUUGACGACGUGAACAUCAACGCGAACAUUCGCCAAGUUGGAUCGACUGAGCACAAGGAUCCUCACCACGCCGACACGGAGAUCACGACCGACAUGUCAGACGUCAAGAUGAACUUGACGCAGACGCAGUACGUCUUGAUCAUGGGCUUGCUGCAGUCGAUCCCUCAGGCUCUCAGCACCUUUAACGAAGACGAGGAGGAGGGUGAGGAUGACGACUCCACCAUCGACUCGCCAGCUACUGAGUCUGUUCCGCCUACACCUGUUGGGUAUGACACGGACACUGAGACGGUUUUGGAGCCCGAGCUUGCGCUCUCGCCGACCGCUAAGGAUCCGUCGGUCUGGACCACGCUUGACUUUGUUUUCACCAUCAAGACGAUUGGUAUCGAGGUCUACGGCGCUGGGGCGCACACUGAAGAUGACCUCGCGAAGAACAGUAUCGCGCGGUUCAAGCUGAUCGGCCCUCACCUCGCGCUGAAGAAUCUGUCGAACAAUGCCAUGGAGGCCGAGUUUGCCCUGAAGACGCUGGCGUUCCACAACACCAGGUCCGAGGCCAACUCUUGUUUCCGUGACCUGAUUCCGGAGCUCAAGAACGAGGGCAACCAGAUCAUGGUGCAGUACGCCAAGCAGGCUGACAACUCGGCGUUGGCUGUCGUUACUAUCGACAGCCCGACGUUCAUCCUCGCUGUCGCUCCCCUUGCUGCGCUUCUCGAGUUCGCCUUUGCCCCCUUCAAGGGCAGCGAGGCGGAGACGCCGGUAGUCGAGGAGCCGGAGGAGGGCCAGGUCGCCGAGGUGACCGACGACUCUACCGGCCAGCUCUCGUUCCGCGUUGACAUUGUCAACUCGACGGUCAUCGUGCUCGCCGACGACACAAACCCCAAGACGCAGGCGAUUCAGCUGUCGAUCAAGGAGAUCUUGGUUUCGCAGAAUAACGUCCUCGCGCUCAAGGUCGACAAGGUCGGCAUGUCCUUCGGUCGCAUGGACCAGCCCAACGACCGUGUCUCGUUCCUUGACGACGUCAACGUCCGCAUGUCGCUCGACACCCGUCGCAGGGGCUCCAAACAGACGACAACGAUUGAUAUCGACGUGCCGAUGCCGAUCAUCUUCCGUGCGAGCUUCACGGACAUGCAGCUGAUCCUCGAUAUCGUUAACAAGGCUACCACCGCCGCUGCCAAGGCGAUGGGUACCCACGAGGACGAGAACAAGGAAGGUGGAGCCAAAAUCAAGGAGAUCAAGGACAACGACGACGCCAAGACGGUUGCUACGACGGCGCCGUCGACCCUGGCGCCUCCCAAGACUGGCCCUACUGCUCGCCGCCCAUCUGUCAGCCGGCGACGAGCUUCCUCGGUUACCCCGAAGACCCACAUUAUGGUCUCCAAGGAACAUCUGCAGCUCCACGUCAACGGCUUCCAGUUCGUUCUCGUCGGAGAUGUCCACGAGAUGCCUAUGGUUCAUCUUUCGACCAAAGAGUUCGUCUGCGUCGUCAACGACUGGUCUGGCGACCUCCAGAUGGGCACGUCGCUCACGACCGAGAUCCGCUACUUCAACCUGUCAAACUCGUACUUCGAGCCUCUCCUCGACCCGUGGAAGUGCGACAUCCAGAUGAGCCGCACCUCGUCCACCCCGGGAGCUACCAACCCCCUGGCGGUGAAGAUCUCGGCAGCCCAGCGUCUGGAGCUCAGCAUCACCUCGUCCUUCAUUGAGACUGGUAUCACUGCGAUGACCGUGCUGAGCAAGGAAGGCGAUCGCCAGCAGAAGGACCGCUCGCCGACCGCGCCAUUCCGCAUGCGCAACCGCACCGGUAUGACGAUUGCCGUCUGGCCCGAGAGCGAUGACAGCAGCAGCAUCCCCUGGGAGAAGCGCAAGCUGCUGGACAACAACGCUGACGUCCCCUGGUUCUUCGAGGACCGUCAGGCGCUCCGUGACAAUGUCUCUGCGUUCCGCCACAACUCGUUUGGUCUCGAGCUUCCCGACUCGGCCAUCAAGUGGGACCCCGUUCGUGGCAUCUCGGUUGACCGCGAGGGUGAGCAUGUUCUCAACCUUCGUCCGAAGAUCGACAAAGUCACGCAUCAGCUCAUGUGCGACAUUGAGCUCGUCGAUAACAUCAAAAUCAUUACGAUCCGGUCGACGCUCACUAUCGAUAACCAAACAAGCUUGCCUGUCGAGAUGGUCGUGGUCGAUGCCCAGGGUAAGGCCAACAGCGGUAUCAUGAAGAUCGACCCUGGAGAGUGCUUCCCUGUGCCCUUCGAGGCCGUCUACGACAAGCGCUUCCGACUGCGACCGCUUCGCGGCUUCGGGUUCGACUACGCCUGGUCUGCUCCGCUGUUCUGGCGCCAGCUCAUGACGCGCCCCAUCCGACCCAUCAGCUGCAAGCACAUGACGCCUAAGGAGCCCGCAUUCUACUUCCAGGCGCAGGCCAAUUUCAAUGCGAAGGACCCCACGGCUCGCCUGUACCCGCGCAUGUCGCUGCGUCUGCGCGCGCCCGUCGAGCUCGAGAACCUGCUGCCUUACGACUUCAAGUUCCGUAUCCACGACAAGGCGACCAGCCUUAGCUCGAGCAACUUCCUCGUCAAGGGUGGCACGAGCCCGAUCCACACCGUUGAGCUGUCGCACUUAUUAUUGCUCAGCGUUGCGCCCGAAGACACGCCGUUCAAGCAGAGUGACUACGCGAUCAUCAAUACCGACGACCCCGAGUUACCGAUCGAAAACAACUUUACCCUCCAGGAUCCCAAGGGUCUCAAGCUGCAGCUCAAGCUGCACUACUACACAUAUCCCGACUCGGGUGGCGCAUUCAAGGUGCAGGUGUACAGCCCGUACAUCUUCCUGAACAAGACGGGUAUGCCGUUCGACCUGGCGAUGAAGGGAUCUAUGGGCUCCCAGAAGCCGGUGGCCGGUUCGGCCUGCUUCGCGCAGGACUACAAGAAGGAUACGCCGACGCCGUUCAUGUUCAGCUUCCCGAAUGACGACAGGCGAGACCGCCUGCUGCUCCGUGUCGACGACAGCAGGUGGUCGCAGCCGCUGUCGUUCGAGCCCAGCAGCGCCGACAUGCAGAUCGUCAUGCCGUCCCAGAACGGCAAGCGCGAGUACUACGUCGGUCUGUCGUACGCCGAGGGUCUAGGCAAGUACAAACUCAGCAAGGUCAUUACUAUCGCGCCCCGUUUCCUGUUCAAGAACAUGUGCACCGCCGGCCUUCUCGUCCGCCAGACUGGCGAAGCGCAGCCGCUUUGUUCUGUACCGCCUGAUGAGCGCCGACCACUGCUCUACCUCGCCCCGCAGCCGAACAACCAGGAGGUCGUUCGGCCGCAGAUCCGUAUCGCCUUCGACACACCGAACACGGGUCUCAAGUGGUCUGCGCCGUUCUACAUCAACGAUAUUGGUAAGGCGCACGUUCGCCUCUCGCGAACCACGAGCCGUGGAGCCACCAAGGAGUAUCUCAUGCGCAUCGAGACGCACCUGGAGGGAUCCUGCAUCUUCCUCUACGUGUCGAGGGAAACGGACCCGUGGCCGAUCAUCAUCAAGAACGAGACUAACGUUCCGUUCAAGUUCAAGCAGACUCCGGAGGAUGGCGUCGAGCCGAAUGCUCUGCCUGAGCGGCCGAUCCCUGGUCAGACCACGGUCGAGUACACCUGGGACUGGCCGACCGCCACCGAGAAGCGUCUCCUGUUGUCCACGGGUGGUCGAGUUCUCUCCCGCCCGAUCGAUGUCAUGGCGAUCGGAGAGCAGCCGCCUAUCAAGAUUCCGCGACCGAACGGCCAGUCUCCGCUCACAAUCACGAUCGACGUUCGUGCCGACGGCAGCUCACAGUCUGUUGUCAUCGCGCCGUACAACGAGGAGCGCAACGUAUACAAGCUCGCGAAGCGCGGUCCUCUAAAUCACUCGCAGUCGUCGCUCAGCGUCAACAGCAGCUCUGACACGAUCUCUGCUGUCGGCGCUGAGGCUGAGCAUACCAACGACCCGCCCAACCUCAAGCUCAAUGUCAGCCUGGAGGGUAUCGGUAUCUCGGUCGUCACGAAGCGCCCCGACGAGCUCAUGUACCUGACUCUGAGGGGUCUCGAGAUCGGCUACACCGACUACCCGACCUACUACGAUGCCUUUGUCAAUUGCAAGUGGAUCCAGAUCGACAACCAGCUGUUCGGCGGUCUGUUCCCAAUCAUCCUGUACCCGACGGUGGUGCCGAAGGACGGCAAGGACCUUGAGUCGCACCCGACACUGCAGACCGCGUUUGCGGUGCUCAAGGACCAGUCGCACGGCGUCAUCUUCGUCAAGUACGCCUCGGUGCUGCUGCAGGCGAUGACGAUCGAGCUCGACGAGGACUUUGUCAUGGCGCUGAUCGACUUCACAAAGUUCAAGGAUGCGACCUGGCGCGACCCGGUCAAGGACGUGCUGAUCGAGUACCCGUCGAAGGAGAUCCAGGAGCCGGACAUCAGCCACCAGCAGAGUGACAUUUUCUUCGAGUCGCUGCAGCUGCAGCCCGUCUCGCUCGAGGUGUCGUUCAUGCGUACGGACCGCGUGAACGUCGACGAGAAGGUUUCGACGCGCAACCCGUUCUACUACGCGCUGAACGCGCUCACGAUGACGCUCGGCAACGUCAACGCGGCGCCAAUCAAUUUCCGCGCGCUCUUCCUCGACAACGUUCGUCUCUCCGCGCAUGACCUCCAGGAGCGCAUCAUCCUGCAUUACCAGGAACAGGCCGUUGCGCAGAUCUACCGCGUACUCGGCUCCGCCGACUUCCUCGGCAACCCCGUUGGACUGUUCAACAACAUCUCGUCUGGCUUCGCCGACUUCUUCUACGAGCCUUGGCAGGGCUUCGUUAUGCACGGCAACCGCGAUAUCGGACUGGGCAUUGCACGUGGCGCCACGAGUUUGGCCAUGAAGACCGUGUUCGGUAUCACAGACUCGAUGAGCAAAUUCACCUCGUCGAUCGGCAAGGGUCUGUCGGCAGCAACGCUCGACAGCGAAUACCAGACCAAGCGUCGUAUGACGCAGAAGCGGAACAAGCCCAAGCACGCGCUGUACGGCGUGGCGGCAGGCGCGUCCGCGUUCGCAGACUCCGUCACGAGUGCCUUCGAGGGCGUAGCGAGUAUGCCGAUGGAGGGCGCAGAGCGCGGCGGUGCCGCCGGCUUCGCAAAGGGCGUGGGUAAGGGUUUCGUGGGUCUGUUCACCAAGCCUGUCGUGGGCAUGAUGGACUUCAUCAGCGCCUCAACCGAGGGUAUCCGAAACACAACCACAGUCUUCGACUCGAACGACAUUGACCGCGUGCGUCUGCCCCGCUUCAUCGCGUCCGACGGCGUGCUCCGUCCCUAUUCGUCGCGCGAGGCGCUGGGCCAGUCCUGGCUCAAGGACCUCGACGCCGGCGCCUACUUCAACGAGACGUACGUCGCGCACCUCGACAUUCCGGGCGACGAUGCGGUUGCGAUCCUCUCGAACGCGAGGCUGCUGUACGUCCAGCUCAGGAAGAUGAGGGUUAUCUGGCAAGUGCCCUUUGACGAGCUGCAGAGCCUCAGUCUCGAGCAGAGCGGUAUUGCGCUUGUGCUUCGUGGAGGCACGCCCGGCCCCUUCCUCCCCAUUGCCGAGCAGACGGGACGCGAGUGGUUCUUCCGCAAGAUCGCAAAGGUUGUCGAGAACUACAACAAGUCGCACCAGGCGGGCGAGCAGUGA